CUAUCGGGGUUUGUUUGAUUAGGUAUUUUACUUUCGUAACUAGAAUAUUUUCUAUAAUUAUGAAAUAACAAUGGAAAGCGCAGAAAAAACAUAUUGUCGAUUCUGUGCGGAACCAAAAAGUUUAAAUAAAUUACUAAACCUUCAAACGGACGGCGAGAAAUGGAAUGAAAUCAACAAUAAACUUACAUUCUUGAACGCAUUGUAUGUUGAAGUUCAAAGCGAAAAUAUGCUACCGAAAACUGUCUGUUUUAUAUGUUACGAUUCAUUAAAUAAAGCUUAUGAGUUCUUAAAUCGUGUCAAGAAAUCACAAGACGUGCUAUUGGAUUUAUUUUUAAAAAAUAAAGAGAGCAAUUACUCGCAUCCUGAUGACGAUUGUAUGGCAAUAUUCGGUGAUUACCCGUCACCUGGUGAGGUUGAAGACGACGUUGGUGUGAAGGAAGAGGAAUCACAAUUGAAAGUGUCAAAAAAUUCGUCAUUCACGUGUACAAAUAUUAAAGUUAAAAGUGAGCCUAAAGAGGAACUUGUUGAUAAUUUCAAUAAUCAUGGUACAGGGACGAACGUGGAUGAGAAGUUUGACCAAACACUGGACGUUAAUGAUAUUAUUGAAGCGGCGAUGUGUAAUGCGCCGUCUGAAAUUGAGAUUUACGCGAAAGAUUUAUCAGAUUUAGGUAAAAAUGAGAUCAAAUCAUGGAAAGAUUAUCCGUGGAUGUGUUCAUUGUGUAAUAUUGAGUUUCUGGACAUAGACACGUUGAGGUUGCACGCGCGGACGGUCCACAACAAGUGCUCUGUGUUUAUGUGUAUAGAUUGUAAGACAGCAAGGAAAGAUAAUUUUACAUCAUUCAUCAAACACGUCAGGAAACAUCGGAAGAGUCUCAGGAACUAUUGCUAUUAUUGCAACGAGGUAUUGGACAAAGCAGAUUCCAUCGGUACGCAUUUGAAACAACAUUUUAAGAAGUCUCAACUACCGUGUCCUUUAUGUGGUGAAAUAUUGAACGAAGAUGCAUUAAAGACUCAUCUCCAAGAGUACGGUGCUGUUAAAUCGAAGAGGAAACCUCGCAGGAAGCCAGGAACACCUAUAACAGUUGAGGAUCUAACGUGUGAACAUUGCAAGAAGGUGUACAAAAACCCGAACAGUCUACGUGACCACGUGAAGUUGCACAGAAUUGACCGUAAACGCAACUACACAUGUGAGAGGUGCGGCAAAAUGUUCUACAAUAAAGGCACGUUGACGUCGCACAUUAUGUCGCACGACAAGAUACGGCCGCACGUCUGCAGGAUCUGCAAUAAGGCAUUCCUGUACCCGAAUAUGUUGAGGCGACACGUAGAGAUGCACUCCGGUGUGAAACCGUUCUCGUGUGAACAAUGCGGACGCUGUUUCCGGCUGCAGUACCAGUUGAACGCCCAUAAGAUCGUGCACACCGACUCUAUGCCUUACGUAUGCCAGUUUUGUAACAAAGCGUUCCGUUACAAGCAGAUAUUGAAGAAUCACGAGCGACAACACACCGGUGACAAGCCGUACUCGUGUCAGCAAUGCGGUAUGGAGUUCACGAACUGGUCGAAUUAUAAUAAACACAUGAAGAGGCGGCACGGAACGGACACUUCGAAAAAGAAAAUAACACCAGAUGGCGUGUUCCCGAUCGAUUCGGAAACGGGACAAAUGGUGCAAAUAGAGGACGUCGUGGGUAUGGAGGAGUGGAAAAGUAAAAUUAUGAUUCCCGCCAAAAGGGGGAAGAAGAAAACGAUCAAAAUGGAAAAUGAUGCCUGUUAGAAUUUUUCAGGUAAUAAUGUCUAGAUAUAAUCUGUUUUUCUUACUUGGCGCAAUAAACAAAAUAAAAAAAAAAACGUAUCAUUUUACAGUAAGAAAAUAUUUAUCUGUUGGUUUUUUAAAUAAUUAGUUAAUUUAAAAACAAAAAAGUAAUAAAUGCAACUCUUUAUAAGCUAUCUUUUGCCCGCAACUUCGUAUGCGUCUAGAUGGCGUAUUAAAAUAUAUAUAUAUAUAUAUAUAUAUAUAUAUAUAUAUAAUAUAUGUUUUAAAAUUUGUUGAUGCUCCAACUUAAAAGGUCCCACUUUUAAAACAAAUCGAAUUUUAAAUUAGACCUUCAGGACUGCAACUGUGAAAACCGCAUCAAAUUUAGUGCAGUAGUUUUUGCGUAAUACCAAAGCAAACAUACAGACUGACAUUAUCAUUAUAUCAGCCUUUAACGAUCCGCUGCUGAACAUAAGCCUCCCCUUGAAGGAUUUUACCGGUAGUUGCCACGCUUGGCAGGCGGAUUGGCAACCCCAGUCAGGCGGAUGGCAACCGCCAAUUCUAUUAAUUUAUAACAUUAUAAAAAUUACACAAGCGCAAAUGAUUAAGGUUAUAACGAUAUUAAAAAAAAUGCAUGGUGUUGCCACCUACAAGAAAGAAAAAUACCUUAUAAUACGUGGUGAAUUGCCAGAAAAGAAAAAUGAAUAUUGUUAUGUUUGUGUACUGAACAAGUACAGUAACUUUAAUGUAUGCACAGUUAAUUGUAACUAAACUAUUUUGAUAGUGUAGCAGUUUACACGGCGCGUCCUCUACUAAUCGGUCGCGGGUUCGAUUCCCGUGCAAUGCAAACGUUUGUGUUCACGUGUACGUCUGUAUCUGUGUAAAUGUUUACUAUACGUAAUAUGUAUGUGUUUAUAAAAUAUGUAUUGAAUCAUGUCACUUGUGUAAUCAGUCCCAUGGUGUUUAUAUCUAAUUCGUGAAUCGAUUUCGAUAAAAAAUCGUGCCAAGUUUGUACCAAGUAUUAAGAAAUAGAUUAUAUAGGUAAUUAUAUGUUAUGUUUAGGUUAUAUAGAUAGAGUGUCUCCAUAAAAAUGCUUCGCCAAAUAUACAAGUAAACAUUUUUAUCCAUGUGUACGUAAAUAGGGUUGCCAUAAUGUAAUGUAUAUUUUUUGCUCAGUAUUUGGGAGAAAUUGUGUUUUAAGGUUCAAUUAAAAAAUAAAAACGAUACAAAAUUCUUACGUAUAUAUUUGAAAGGACAAGAUAAAUAUUGCAUCGUGAUUCGUUAUUCAUUUUUAUUUAUUUAACACUAUUGUAUCAAGAGGGAGACUUUGUACAAAAGUCGUUUGCUUGGCCACCUCUGUCCUAUUUGUGUUUCAACCGUGAAGCAGUUGUGUUUGCAUGGCUGUGUUUCGGUUUGAAGGGUGGGAUAUGGCGUGAAUUUACAGCGUACAGAGGAAUAACACCUGAGUCCUUAGGAGUGGCUGCGCAUGGGGGGUAUCAAGGGCGAAACAGUAUACUCUGUUAUGUCCAUGGUGCUGCUCAUGUCUAUAGGUGACGGUUACCACUUUCCAUCAGGUGGGCUGUCAGCUUGUUUGCCAUUCUAUGUUGUAUAAAAAAAUUGUUGAAGGAUUUUCAAUAAGUACACUAGAAAAGAUGGUCUUAUCGCUAAGCAAUCUUUUCCAGACAAUCUUUGGGCAAAACGGGUUAAAGAGUGAAUUGAUAGUUAGCGCAUUAACUACUGUAAUAAUCAGUAAUUUUUUAACGAAGAUAUCACCACAGUUAAUAAAUUAAAAAAAAAAAAUGUAUUUUGUGGAUAAAUAUUAAAAAAAAAUAUAUUCAAUUCAAUUCAAUUCAAUUUAUUCUAUAACAAUAUUACAUUGUGUCGAAUAUUAUAGGAUUUUUAUACUGUACAGCUGCAAAAGCACAAACAUGCAGCAAUGUUUACAUAUAAACAAUGUCACAUACAAAUAAUGAAUUAAUAAUAACAAUUUAAGUGAAAAAAAAAAAACAAGUAACUAUACAUAACUCACAGUUGUUAUAUUUCUAAAAUUAAUUUAUUUUAUAAAUACAUUCUUCCAACAGAAGGGCAUGGAGUUUGAUUUAUAAUAUUCUCCAAUUUUGAAUAGUUUUUAGAGCAAUUGGUAAUCUGUCAUACAACUUCCUUCCUUGAAACUGCGCUCCGUGUAUAACUACGUUCAAUCUUGGUUGUAUAUCACUUAUAUAGUCAAAUUUUGAUCUGUUUCUGGCGCUCGAUGCUCUAUCUAUAUAAACUAUGGUAACUCUAAAAUGCCCAAUGUACUACUAAAUUACAAAAAUGAAGGUCGUGUUAUAUUUAGUAUUUAUUAAUUGUUUAAAAAUUAUUUUUGUCCAUUUUUGUAAUUAAAAGCACUUAUUAUUUAAAAAAAAAUACACAUCCAUUUGCCGUAAAUAUGGGAGAUUUAUUUUGUAGCUGGCAACCUAUUUUAUAGCUGUAUAUGUAUAUAGUUCGACAUGUAUAUGAAUUUAAAAUGGAUUAUUUUAGAAAAUAUUAGUGUUUAUUUAAGUAAUGUUGUUUGAAUACAUUUUAACCAUUGUGAUUGAUAUGUAUUCGAGUAGUCGCCAUUUUCAGCAACUUGACAACUUUAUUUGUAAAAAUUCUUUUUAUCUAGAAGAAAUUUUAUCAAAAACGGUUCACUAGUAUAGUUUAAAAAUCAAAAUAACUGGUUUAAUUAAAGUGGGUUUUACAGUAAACCAGAGGGAGACUGUACAAAAGUCGUUUGCUUGGGCACCUCUGUCCCAUUUGUGUUUCUACCGUGUAGCAGUUGUGUUUGCAUGGCUGUGUUUCGGUUUGAAGGGUGGGAUAUGGCGUGAAUUUACAGGGUACAGAGGAAUAACACCCGAGUCCUUAAGAAUGGCAACGCUUGAGAGGUGUCAUGGGCCAAACAGUAUACUCUAUUAUGUCCAUGGUACUGCUCACGUCUAUAGGCGACGGUUACCACUUUCCAUCAGGUGGGCCGUCAGCUUGUUUGCCAUUCUAAGUUGUAUAAAAAAAUAUGUUGUUAGGACUGUUUGUUGUAAGGAAACCUAUAAGUAUUAAGAUGUAUAUAGUUUUAAAUGUAUUUGACAGUCUCCAUAGCGCAGUGAUGGGUAAACGAGGUCCCGGGUUCGAUUCCCGGUCAGCCCAAUUUUGGAAACGAACUUUUCAGAAUUGGCUUGGGUCUGAGUGUGGUGGGUCGUGCCCCUAGAUGUUUGUUACCUGGUACCUCAUACCACAGGGUAUCUUAGCUUGAGGACCAGGCGAUCAGUUUGAUUGUAAGGCACUUAAUAAUAAUACAUUAAUAUAUGUAUACUUGAGGAAUAAAACACUGUUGAAUUGUCGUCAAGGCAAACAAAUCUGUCGGUAGAUACGUUUGCGCUACCGCACGCGUUAGAACGAGACGCCACACGUUAGUGUCUAGUUUUAUAGCUCAAGUAUGUACCUAAGUAUUGCGGCAAUAUAUGUUAAUUUAUUUUUAUAUACUUAUUAGUUAUGUAUUUAAAAAUAAUAAAUCACAAUUUACACAA